CGCCAGCCUACACAACAAUCACUUUGCGAGUCUGGACAACAACAAGCGACUCUUCGUCCUAGGCGAAAUGGUCCUUGGAAGCCAACUUUGCAGCGCAUGGUUCAAGUAUCGCGGGCCGCAUGGCAAAGAAGCCAGCUUGUUGUUGGUAGGAUACGUUGCUCAACAAGACAGGCAGGCCGUGUCUUGUCUCCAGCACAAUGGACCCAGUUGCGCAAUGACAUCAUCUCCACCAAUGCCCUCGCUCAGCGAGGCUACAGCGCUGGAAUCGACCAGCUCAUCCUCAGGGCCGAUGGCACGUCUCUGCCAUCUCCAAAAAAUGGUCGCCACAGCCCUCGGACCCAUCAUCGGAGCAGUCCACGAGGACGCCGGUGACGAGGCCGUUCACACUAUCAUGCAGCGUCUCGGUUUCUUCGACCACGUCUUGCUCUCGGCAACGUUGCAAUUCCUUCACUUCCAAACUUGAAUAGGGGCAGCGACCCUCUGCACACUAAUGCGCACACAUCUAGAUCCUAUCAUGGCUGUCUCCAGGCUCUGCUAUUCAAUGCAGCAUCAAGUCUUCUUAAUGAAAACUAGGCGCCUGGUUCUACUCUUCCCUGCGCCUGAAUCGAUCGACGACGUUUUGGGCGCAGUGGGGAUGUCUUUUCAGGGCGCCUUUUCUUCGCUAGGCAGACUUGGAAUUGCUUUGCGCAGUAGAACUUGAAUGGAGCCGUGCCCCAUUGGAUUAUGGGCCGGCGCCUUUCGACAUUCCCGACAUUGUCUUUCGUAUGGCUUCUAAUUGGCAACUAGGAAGGGGCGUAAUCACGUGCUUG